AAAGAAGACCGCCGAGCUGUCAACCUGUCAAGAUGUGCCCGGGCGUGAGCAAUGGUCUACAUGAGACGACAGAUGUCAACCCCAAUGCGACGACAGAGGAGCUGAGCGAGACGCAUGUUUUGCUCGACGAACAGAACAUCGCUCCUGCCGCUCGUGUGCAGCAGCGGGCCCAGCAUGAUGCAGCCGACAGCAGCAAUGGCAGGCCACUCAACCCAUAUGCGCCUCGCUAUGGCGACUUGCUGUCCAACACAUCUUCUUUCAAGGUCAUCGAGUCGACGUUGCGCGAAGGCGAGCAAUUUGCCAAUGCCUUCUUCGAUCUCGAGACCAAGGUCAAGAUUGCAACCGCGCUCUCAGAUUUUGGUGUCGACUACAUCGAACUCACGUCUCCAGCUGCAAGCGCGGAAAGCCGAGCCCAUUGUGAGGCAAUCUGCAAGCUCGGACUCAAGGCCAAGAUUUUGACCCACAUCCGAUGCAACAUGGAGGAUGCCAAGAUAGCUGUCGAGACUGGCGUUGAUGGUGUUGAUGUCGUCAUUGGUACAUCGCAGCAAUUGCGCACUCACUCGCACGGCAAGGACAUGACAUGGAUCAUCAAGACUGCCGUCGAAGUCAUCGAAUUUGUCAAGUCGAAGGGUAUAGAAAUCAGAUUUUCGUCGGAGGACUCAUUCAGAUCCGAUUUGGUCGACUUGCUUUCCGUCUAUCGCGCUGUCGACAAGAUUGGUGUCAAUCGCGUCGGCAUAGCCGACACUGUAGGUUGCGCCAACCCUCGACAAGUCUAUGAACUCGUUCGAACCUUGCGUGGCUGCGUUCGAGCGGAUAUCGAGUGUCACUUCCACGAAGACACCGGUUGCUCCAUUGCUAACGCUUUCUGCGCACUCGAAGCCGGUGCGACCCAUAUCGACACGUCCGUGCUCGGCAUUGGCGAGCGCAACGGCAUCACGCCGCUCGGAGGCUUCCUGGCCCGUAUGUAUGUCUGCGACCCGGAAUACGUCAAGGGCAAAUACAACCUGCCGGCAAUCAGAGAGAUCGAAAAUUUGGUUGCCGAUGCGGUACAAAUCUCUGUGCCUUUCAACAAUCACAUCACCGGCUUCUGUGCCUUCACCCACAAGGCUGGCAUUCACGCCAAGGCGAUCCUCGCAAACCCAUCUACGUACGAGAUUCUCAACCCGCAAGACUUUGGCAUGUCGCGAUACGUCUCGAUCGGCCAUCGUCUCACCGGCUGGAACGCCGUCAAAUCUCGUGUCAACCAGCUCAACCUCGAGCUGACGGACGAGCAAGUCAAGGAUGUGACAUCGAAGAUCAAGGAACUUGCGGACGUCAAGACACAAUCGAUGGAGGACGUCGAUGCCCUCUUGCGAGUCUACCAUCGUGCCAUUCACGCCGGCGAACUCGAAGUCGGCCAAUCGAAGGUGUUGGAUAAGUUGAUUCAACGACACCGUUCGGCAUCGAACGCCAGCUCCAAUGGCACCGCGCCAGAGACCAAUGGCCAUACUAACGGUGUCAAGACGCAUGCGAACGGACAUGCGAACGGCGAGCCUACAGCUAAAAGAGCAAGAGUCAACGGCGCGUAGACCGUUAGCCUUGGGGAGACUCUUGCCCAUACUUUCAGACUUGAGACGAGCUGGAACUCACCUUCUGGCUUCUGUCGUCGCAUUGCACUGUACCCUGAUCUGCUAGCUCGAAGACC